AUGGACUGUAGCAACUCUAGUUCAAACAUCACCUCCAGACCACUGCUACCUCCUGGCUUGCUUGCUUCAGUUCCCCCUCCUCCUCAUUCGUCCUCAUCAAUGAUGUCAGUGCCUCCAUCAGUGCCCAUGCCUGCCUUUUUGAGGCCUCCAACCCUUCUCUUAAGAGCCGCAGCAGCAGCCGCAGCAGCUUGUACACCAAGGAUGGCUUUGGAAAGAGGAGCAGGUGGGAUUGCUCUAUAUCCCCGAACACCCAAAUGUGCACGAUGCCGAAAUCAUGGGGUGGUAUCAGCACUUAAAGGACAUAAGCGUUUUUGCCGCUGGAGGGACUGUGCCUGUGCCAAAUGUACCCUAAUUGCAGAGCGUCAAAGAGUUAUGGCUGCACAAGUCGCUCUCAGAAGACAACAAGCUCAAGAAGAAUGUGAAGUCCGGGGUGUGCCACACUUCAUGUAUACUGGAGCAGGAAACGAUGGACGAGAUGCCAGUAGACAUAAAACAGAGCUAUCGACAGUUUUCAGCCAGCAAGAAAAUAAAGGUUCUGAUGAAUCAAAAGGAAGAUAUGAUCAAUUUUAUGAUAGAUUAUCAAGCUCUGACACCAUUGCCACUGUAUUACAAGCACCUCAAAAUGAAGAAGUCAGUGCAGGUCACCUAUUAACACCAUCUAGUUUAAAAACAGCAAACAAAGAAGAUUCCCUUCAAUCUCCUGGGUCUGAAGGAAGAUCUGAAGGUGCUGACAGUCCAACAUCUUUAUCAUCUUCUGAUCUGGAAUCAGGAAAUGAGAGUGAAUGGCCAAAAGAGAACAGUGCUUCAAGUUCUAAAAUCCCAAUUGUGCCUAGAAAACCAAGAGAUCCCCUAGAGAUUCUUAGCAAAGUUUUUCCUAAUCAUAAAACAGCCAAUUUACAAGGCAUCUUGCAUUACUGCAAAGGAGAUGUGGUCCAAGCCAUAGAAUUGAUUUUAAAUGGUAAAGAACACACACAGGAUGCCAGAGAAAUUAAUGGUCCAUCCGGUUCAGACCUCAGUAAGUUCUCAAGAGAUUCAGCAUUAAACUUUACUGGGUUAAGUUUUGGUGGUUUUGGUGUCAAAUCUGCCUUUUCUCCUCUACACACAAGUCCAUCAUCGGUUAGUGCUGAUGCAAGUAUGUUUCAUCCAAGACUUGGGCUAAGUCCAUUACGCUUUGCUUAUUCCACAUCUAACAGAGAACUUCCUGGAUUUAUUUCCCCUUAUUUUACAUCUGGCUUUGUACCAUCAUUUCCUUUUCAUCCUGGAAUGGAUUAUGCCUUUCCUGGAAUGUUACGGGAUGCUUCUUACUACCAACGAAAGGACACUGUUAACAUGAAUGGACUUUAUCCCAGGAUAAACCAAGAAAAUCACUAG